GUUUGAGAAGGGAAGAUGAAGAAUUGUUGGGCCCUUCGGAGGAGGAACAGGAAGGUUUGGAGCAGCUGGCCAAAGUGCUAGACAAUGUCUCCUGGAAGUAUUGGAAGCCAGGCGAGCAGCCCGCGAAGAUCUUGGAUUGGAUGUACCUGGGUGAUUUGAAGGAAGCCACUGAUUUCGAGUUGCUGAACGACCGGCACAUCACAGCCGUCCUGAACUUGAUCAAUUGGUGGGAGCUGAGUUCUCGGCUGCCAGAGGUGGCAGAUUUCAGCGAACUCUACAGCUCCCAUGACGUAGAAUUCCUAGAAGUUGACUCAGAGGACCGCCUCUUCUUCGAUAUCGUGGAGAAGUGUUGGCCGACCUGCGAGUCAUUCUUGAAAAGAUGCAAAGCUCGUGGAAAGAAGGUCUUAGUGAAUUGCAAGGCUGGUCACAAUCGCUCAGCGUGUAUGUGCGUUUGCUGGCUAGUGGCCUGCGAAGGCUAUGGCCUCUUGGAAGCGUUGGAUUUGGUUCAGACACGUCGUGGCUCGAUCUUAUCCAACCACGGCUUUCGGCUGCAACUCCUGCGUUUGGCCUUGCGCCUGGGUCGCCUGGGGGAGAUCGACGCGGCCGAAACAAAGCCCGGCGGGUUGGUAAAAAGCGGCAGCAACUCGCAGGUGAAGAGCAUCAUCAAUGAGAAGCGCAUGACGGUGCAGUACGAUGUGGCCACAGAGGACCGCGGCUUUCGACGCAUGACCUCGCCCUUCCAAGCCAUGCGGCCGCGAAAGCUGUCGCUGAUCUCGGAAGAGGUGCACCAGAAUGUGAAUCAGAGAUCCUUAAAGGUGGAGCUUUUGGCCUGCUUGUAUCACAGGAAUCAAAAAUUCCUGGACGAUUACGAGUACACGAGCCAACCCCCCACCAUCAUUGGUAGUGGCUUUAGUGGAGAUGUGGUUCUGUGCCGGAGCAAAAAGAAGACUGCGGUGGUGCAAAAUCAAGAGACUUUCGUGCGAUGCGUCAAGCGUUUCAACUUGACCUGCAUGGGUCCAGAAAAGCUGGAGAAGUUGAAGAACGAGGCAGUGAUUUAUUUGUCUUUGGAGCAUCCCCACAUUGCAAGGCUCUUCGAUGUCUACGAGGAUCCCCAGGAGGUGAGUUUGGUGAUGCAGUACUGCGCGGGUGGCACCUUAGAGAGUGCCAUCCGCAGCCAGGGGGCCUUCUCCGAGUCCAGGUUCCAGGAGUUGGCAUUUCCCAUGCUGCUCACAGUGAAUUACAUUCACUCCUGCGGUAUCGUACAUCGAGAUAUCAAGCCCAGAAAUUGGGUUUAUGAGGCAGAUGGUCGGACCAUCAAGCUCAUCGACUUCGGUUUCAGCGUGAAGGGAUAUUUGAACACAGAGGGCUUAAAAGGAUGCAUGGGCACCUUGGGAUAUUUGGCGCCAGAAGUGGUCACCGCGGGCUUGAGUAAUGAAAAUGCCUACACCGACAAGUGCGAUAUUUGGUCCUUGGGAGUUGUCUUCGUUGAGUUGUUGACCGGGGAAGCCGCCUUUCAUCGUGACGCCGGGCAAUGUGAUGGCUACACCGAAGAGGUGGUGCUGCGAGAAAUCAAAGAGGUCACCGAUGAGAGCAUCGAGCGGAUCCUGGAGCAGGUGCCGCCAGCCUCUCGCAGCUUCCUGGCGAAGAUGUUGACGAAGGACCCCAAAAUGCGAUCCACGGCGCAGUUGCUGCUGACGGAUGCCUACCUGAGCCAAGCACGGGCCGCGCUAUGCCAUCCACCGAGGGCCUUGCCUGUGAGUGCCAUCCUGGAUCGAUUUCGUUGUCAUGCGAAGACUUCCCAGCCCACACGGGCGUGGCUCCUGGCUGUUGCGCGCUCUCCCACAUAUUUACCGUGGGAGGAGUUCACUUCUUUGCGUGACACCUUCAAGAUGUUUGAUGCUCGUGGGCUCAGCGGUGUGGUCAACUUGGAGACCUUCCUGCAGGUAAUCCAAGAGGUUUGCCAGGAUUCGCGCAGUAUGUGGCAAGAGCAACCCGACGACAGCCCCCGAAAGACAGUUUCGAAGGUAUGGAAGGCUGUCUGUGGAGAGCAGGAAUCCUUGAGCUACUGUGAGUUCCUGGCGAUGCUCUUUCCACCCAUGGAAGACAUCUUUGAAGAUGCCUCCAGAGCGGAAGGCCACGAGGAGCUGAAUUCGCCCCUGCAACCGCGGGAGCAUUGGAAUCCAUCGAAGCCGGUGUCCCAUUACUUGGCUCAGAUGAAGCGGAGUGCCAGCUCAUUGUUCCCUCAAGCUUUGCUAUUUGAUGAAGAUCAAAAGGUCAAGGAGGUGGUGGCUGAGAUGGUACGUUUCCAUCGGCGAUGGGCCAUUAUCCGAUACAGGGAUGGCCACCAUGAGUUCUUCGACUACAUGGACAUCAAUCACCGUUUGGUCAAGGAAGCAGGUUCCUGCUGGUCAAAAGCGGCAGAAUGUUUGCAACAGAUCUGCAAUGCACAGGUCGGCGACCUAGCGAACUGCUCCAGCUUUUGCAGCUUCGUGGCACUGGAUGUUGAGACCCCCCUGCGCGACGUGCUGCAUUUGAUCGCCGGGCGGCAUCGCAAGAAACGCCAGGGACAGGUGCGCCGGGUGCCAUUGAGAGACGGCAAAGAGAUUGUGGGCGUCUUCUCCUGUCUGGAUUUCUUGAAUUUAGCCCUGAAGUCCACCGCACCCACUGCAGUGCUCAAGUCGUUGAGUGCCAAAGUCUUCGACCGUCGCAGCACCAUUUUGCAGGUCUCAGUGAACCAGGACGAGCCUAUGCUCCAUGCCUUGACAGUGAUGAAAGCUGAGGGGUUGACAAUCUGCCCAUGCACGUUCCGGGAGCUCUCCGGUAGCUUGGGCGGUGUGGUGGCCAGCAAUGUGAUUUCCACUGCUGACUUGAAGUGGGUGGUGCGUUCCGGCGACUUCGCGGCGCUGCAUCUGUCGGUCCAGGACUUUGUGGCCUGGCGCCGGAAGGCCGAAAGCUCGGACCUGGACCACAUCCUGAGGCAGCAACGCUUCAUGCGUUUCAACGUUGUCAGCGCUUCAGAAGAUGCAUCUCUUCACACCCUGGCACGCCGCUUGGUGGACUCCAAGUUGCAACGGAUUUUCUUGUCCUCCGACGACAUCGCGCGCAUUGUGGGCAUCGUGUCCUCACGCGAUAUCAUGCUCCAAGUCCUAGACCAAUUGGCGUAG